GGAGAGGGGCUGUACCAGCACACCAACGAGCAGGUCCAUGAGGUGCAGUCCUACAUGGGGCGCCUGGAGACUUCAGACAAGGAGUCAGUGCACUUAGUGGAAAAUGAGAUCCAAGCAAGAAUAGACAACAUAUUCAGCAACUUGGAACGCCUGGAAAUCCUGUCCAGCAAAGAACCUCCCAACAAGAGGCAGAAUGCCAAGCUGAGGGUGGACCAGCUGAAGUACGAUGUGCAGCACCUGCAGACGGCCCUGAGGAACUUCCAGCACCGGCGGUACCUGCGGGAGCAGCAGGAGCGGCAGCGGGAGGAGCUGCUGGCCAGGACCUUCACCACCAAUGACUCUGCCACCACCAUCCCGAUCGACGAAACCCUGCAGUAUAACGAGUCCCUGCAGAGUGCCCACCGAGGCAUGGAUGAGCUUAUUGGCAGUGGCACCAACAUCCUGCAGGGCCUGAGGGACCAGAGAGUCACCUUAAAGGGUACCCACAAGAAGAUCCUGGAUGUUGCCAACAUGCUGGGCUUGUCCAACACGGUGAUGAGGCUCAUCGAGAAACGCGCCUUCCAGGACAAGUUCCUGAUGCUGGGGGGGAUGGCAGUGACCUGUGUCAUCAUGUUCCUCGUGGUGCAGUACCUCACAUGAGCUGCUGAGCCACUGCCAGAGACACAGUCCUUUGGAGCAACGUGGACUGGACUUCCCUCUGGGUGCUGCUUUGGAUGAGCCCUUCCCAUGGACUUCAGAGUUUACAAAUCCCACCUGGACACGUGUCAUGUGGAAAGCAUGUUGGGAACUGGAUGUGUCUGGGGACACUGUAAUUGAAAAUGGCCCUGUAAAAACACCCCCUGGCCUUUACUGCUCUCACCUCAUGUCUGCAGGUUUGAGGAUCUGGUUCAGAAGAAGCAGAAGUGAAUAUUGUGCCCAGCAAGGCAAGGCAGGAACGUCCCUUUGGAGGCACAGGGACAGGAGGGUGCAGAGUGGAAGCUGCAGUGAAUCUCUCCUGUGCUGGCCAGAGCUGACCCUGGAACUGCACUUGGCAGUGCAUGAAGGGCACAGAGACUUCCCAGGGUUUGUGGCCCUGGGCCUGUGGACUGAGUGUGCAGAAAGACUUGGGGAGUGAAGGGUUUCCAUCUGCAGAUCCACCAUUUGCUGGAAGAGGUGGAGGGUUUGUGGGGAGAGGUCUUAGGGCACAGUUAAACCUGAGUUAACUCUACACACAGCAUCAAACAGCACAGAUCUCCUGGCUGAGGCUGCAGUGCUGCUCAGCUCACCUGAGGGUGUUUGGUACCUCUCUCUGCCCCUCUGCUCCCAGGGGAAGGUCAGUGCUGUGCUCCUGCCUCCUCCAGGCAGGUGCACAUCCCUGGGCCUCCUACCAAGUCCAGCCUCCAAAACUGGGGGACAUUCCUGAUGCUGGUGCACGUCCCCGUGGGUGGGCUGUGCUCCUGAGGUGCUGCUUGGGUUCUGGAGUUGGUACUUUGGGGUUGAUGGAGCAGGUGAGUCCCCCUGUGCUCCACGGAGGUGUGGGAUUGUUCGUGGAGCUGGGACAGGCUCCCUGCUGCUCUUUACAUCAUGGGGACAGUGGGAUGAGCUCAACAGGCCUGUCACAGGCAGCUGUGGUUCCUCAAGCUCUGUGCCUUGGGAUGGUCACAUCCCCCAUCCUUGGGCAGGGUGUGCUCCAG